AUAAUAUAAUCACAACACUCUGAGGAGAUAGAGAUCGUUUACACACAGCUCAAAUUAUCUAUUUGAAUCUAUAGACUAGGCAAAGUUGUUCCUGGUAAUAAUUGUUCAGUGGGCGGGUUCAGUUUCUGCAGGUUUGGAGUUUCAAAGUACAAAGUUCAAAAUCUGGUUUAUUGUACCUGUAAUAUAAUAACUUGUACCCAGUUUUGCAUAGAGCAUCGGUAAUUUUCGAGGAGAUCUCCAUUUGAAUAAAAAGUUUAAAUGCUCUGGAAUGCAACGCGUGAUUCUUCAUUUACACUGAUUGGAUGUUUUACCAGAAUACCAAAAAAAGUGAAAAAAAUGUUCAUGAUGUCGUGGUGGAUCGUUUGUAUUUUAUCUUCCUUCUUGGGGUUCACGAACUUGUCGGCUUUCACGCAGACAACUGCGGGUCCCUGCCCAGAAGAGUAUGUCCUGGGCCCAAAUGGAUCUUGUUACUGGUUCUAUCAUGACGUCAAUGAUACCAACUGGUGGUAUUACAGUCGAGGAGCGUGUCAGAACCGAGGCAGUGACUUGCUGAUCAUCGACAGUCAAGAAGAGUUGGAUUACAUCCUGAAUCAGACACAAACACUAGCUCCUGACCAAACGUGGUGGAUCGGUUAUUAUGAUGUUUCAGUGGAGGGGACGUGGCGCUGGGUUGAUUGCAGCGAUACCAGUGAUUGGCAGUCAACUCUAUGGGUGUCGGGGGAACCAGCUAUCAGGAAAGAUUGCGGUAUUCUUCUGGGCGGCACGGGGCAACUGAGCAGUGAAAUAUGCGACGAGAAAUUCAACUUUAUCUGUGAGGUGUCACCAAAAGACUUCACCAUCGCCGACACCAAUGCGCGAAAUGUGAAAGCCGUCGCUAUCAAUGAAACGGCAAUAAGAGUGACUUGGGACGUGUCACCGUACAACUGUGACGUCUUUGGAUAUAGAGUGCACUACCAACAAUAUCGAGAACCGAGCAACGCAGGUUUUGUACAAGUCUACGAGGGCAGUGCCAAUGAAACCAUUCUUUCCCCUCUUUAUGCGACAAAUGCGAUGUGGCAAAUCUACGUAGCUGGCAUGCAGAUUGAGAAGGAGUUGGAAAAAGUUGGACCAGCUGAGGUAUGGUUUGGUCCCUGCCCAGAAUGGCAUAUUCCAGGCCCAAAUGGUACUUGUUACUGGUUCUAUCAUGACGUCAAUGACACCAACUGGUGGUAUUACAGCCGAGGAGCGUGUCAGGACCGAGGCAGUGACUUGCUGAUCAUCGACAGUCAAGAAGAGUUGGAUUACAUCCUGAACCAGACACAAAUACUGGCUCCUGGCCAAACGUGGUGGAUCGGUUAUUAUGAUGUUUCAGUGGAGGGGACGUGGCGCUGGGUGGAUUGCAGCGAUACCAGUGAUUGGCAGUCAACUCUAUGGGUGUCAGGGGAACCAGCUAUCAGGAAAGAUUGCGGUAUUCUUCUGGGCGGCACGGGGCAACUGAGCAGUGAAAUAUGCGACGAGAAAUUCAACUUUAUCUGUGAGGUGUCACCAAAAGACUUCACCCUCGCCGACACCAAUGCACGAAAUGUGAAAGCCGUCGCUAUCAAUGAAACGGCAAUAAGAGUGACUUGGGACGUGUCACCAUACAACUGUGACGUCUUUGGAUAUAGAGUGCACUACCAACAAUAUCAAGAACCGAGUAACGCAGGUUUUGUACAAGUCUACAAGGGCAGUGCCAAUGAAACCAUUCUGUCCCCUCUUUAUGCGACAAAUGUGAUGUGGCAAAUCUACGUAGCUGGCAUGCAGAUUGAGGAGGAGUUAGACAAAGUUGGGCCAGCUGAAGUAUGGCUAGGUCCCUGCCCAGAAUGGCAUCUUCCAGGCCCCAACGGAUCCUGUUACUGGUUCUAUCAUGACGUCAAUGAUACCAACUGGUGGUAUUACAGUCGAGGAGCGUGUCAGAACCGAGGCAGUGACUUGCUGAUCAUCGACAGUCAAGAAGAGUUGGAUUACAUCCUGAACCAGACACAAAUACUGGCUCCUGACCAAACGUGGUGGAUCGGUUAUUACGAUGUUUCUGUUGAGGGGACGUGGCGCUGGGUGGAUUGCAGCGAUACCAGUGAUUGGCAGUCAACUCUAUGGGUGUCAGGGGAACCAGCUAUCGGGAAAGAUUGCGGUAUUCUUCUGGGCGCCACGGGGCAACUGAGCAGUGAAAUAUGCGACGAGAAAUUCAACUUCAUUUGUGAGGUGUCGCCAAAAGGUUUUCUACAAGUCUACGAGGGCAAUGCCAAUGAAACCAUUCUAUCCCCUCUUACGACAAAUGUGUGGUGGCAAAUCUACGUAGCUGGCAUGCAGAUUGAAGAGGAGUUGGACAAAGUGGGGCCAGCUGAAGUAUGGUUAGGUCCUUGCCCAGGAUGGCAUCUACCAGGUCCCAACAAUUCCUGUUACUGGUUCUAUCACGAUCCGAAUAACACGGGCUGGUGGUCCAGCAGGAGAAACAGCUGCUUAAAUCGAGGCAGUGACUUGCUGAUCAUCGACAAUCAGGAAGAGUUGGAUUACAUCCUGAAUCAGACGGAAACCCUGGCUCCUGACCAAACGUGGUGGAUCGGUUACUAUGACGUGUCCGUUGAGGGGACGUGGCGCUGGGUGGAUUGCAGCGAUACCAGUGAUUGGCAGUCAACUCUAUGGGUGCCAGGGGAACCAGCUUUAAGGAAAGAUUGCGGUAUUCUUCUGGGCGGCACGGGGCAACUGAGCAGUGAAAUAUGCGACGAGAAAUUCAACUUUAUCUGUGAGGUGUCACCAAAAGAUUUUACCGAGGAGGAUACGAAACCCACAAACGUUGCCGCCGUUGCCAUGACGCCCUUCAGUGUAAAAGUGACGUGGGACGUGUCGGCGGAUAACUGUGAUGUCAUCGGAUAUCGAGUGCAUUACUUCAAAACGUCGGACAAAAAUCAGAAAGGUUCACAGACUGUCUAUGAAGGUAAUGCCAACAAUACUUUGCUGAGUAGUCUAGAGACAAACACGGAGUAUUCAAUCGGUGUGGCAGUCAUCAACUUGAACGAAGAACUGGAGCAGGUCGGGCCGGUGUUAGUGACCACACCCUGGGGUUGUCCAGAUGGUUAUGAGGAAGGCCCUGAACGGUCCUGCUUCGCUUUCCUCAACUUCACCAGGCCAUGGGGCGUGGCGCGACAAUACUGCCAGGACGUGGCUAACGGGGACCUGGCUAUCAUCGACAGUCAGCCGGAGCUGGAGUUUGUGCAGAGGAGGAUGCAGGAGGUCAACCCGGGUCAAAUGUGGUGGAUUGGUUACGAUGACAUAUCGGUGGAGGGGGACUGGCGAUGGUUGGAUUGUCAGCCCACAGCCGAAUGGCAGCUACCUCUCUGGCCCUCGGAUGAGCCCAGGUUUGCCACAAAGGAUUGUGGGUACAUACGAGAGAGCGAGAGUGCCGUGGAGAUACGGUCGGCCAAUUGCGGCGAGAACAAGUACAUACUGUGUGAGAUUACAGACAAAGGUUUUGUUCCUGAGGACGGCAAUGCUAGGAACGUCCGAGCGUCACCUUUGACCCCAGCAAGCUUUGAGGUCAAGUGGGACGGCUCUCCAACAAGCUGCGAUGUGAUUGGCUACAGCAUCUUCUACAGUAAAGAGACCAGUCCGUCGGAGGAAGAGCUUGAGACUGUGUAUGGUGGUGAGGCCAGAGAUGCCCAGAUUGAGGUUGCCAUGGUAUCGCAGGACACCGUCUACCUGGUAUCCGUGGCCGGUUUGAACUGGCUGGGCGUCCUGAGUCGCAUUGGACCCGUCCGAGUUACCUUGACGCCUGAAUCGGACAAUCGGGAGUAUUUCUCAUUGACGGGAGACAGUGGAGCUAUAACCUCCCCCGGUUGGCCCACGAGCUACGAAAACAAUAAGGACAUCACAUGGACCAUCACCGUCACCAAACCCGGCCGCGUUCUCUUGACGAUUGUCUCCAUCCGUCUCGACCCCAGCGGUGACUAUCUGACCGUCGGUUCUGGGGCAACAUCGGGCGUCAACGAGCUGGGGCGGUACACCGGUCACAAAGAGAACGUUGGGACGCUAGAGAGUCAAUUCAACCAAAUGUGGCUGCGAUUCAUCACCGACUCGACCAUCACCGCACAGGGAUUCUCAGUCACAUUUGAAAAACUGGACGAUGGCCCUGUGGAGGAUUGUGGCAGAGCCUUCACGGAUCUUCCAAGUGGAACGAUCACCUCGCCUAAUUUCCUAGAUUCCAAACCGUACCCGAAUAACGCCGCUUGCGUCUGGACGAUCAGUCUGCUGGACAAGAUGGCUCUCGUCGAGCUCAGCUUCACCACAUUCGAUCUGGAAAGAGAUCAGGAUUUCUUGGUCAUCGGUUCCGGUCUGACGGUGAAUGAGAACAUACUGCAGUGGCUGACAGGACAGCACGAUUCACGGACUGUUAUGAGUCCAACCCAUGAGAUGUGGUUACAUUUCAUAUCAGAUGAGAGUCAGUCAGGCCAAGGGUUCAGGGCAAUGUUUACAUCCAAGGCUGGUGAGCCACCGACAACUCCAGUUUACAAAGCAACUGAUUCCGUCCUUUUUGUCGUCUUCAACCAGAACGUGGGAUGGUUUGACGCCGUGAAUCAAGUCCAGCUCGCAUCCACCAUCGCAGAGGUCUUGAAUCGAUACAAUGUCGCAGGACAGACAGAAACCAGACAACAAGGAGACUUUGAUGCCUCUGAUGUGGUCUUCGUCAGUUUCUACAACGUCGACAGCGACCUUCACAUCGUGACCUGGGUGCGGGACGCGACCUGGGCCGACCCCAAGGCACCUCUGAACCCCGACACGGUAAUCGCGGCCGUGACGUCGGAGAGCGAGUAUUUCCAAACCAGUAUGGGAGAGUCAUUCGAGUAUAAACUGCAACGAGCUGUGACACCGGAGCCUUCAGCGGCGCCCUCGGGCCUGGAGGACUGGGUGAUUGCCGUCAUCGCUGUGGGGGCGCUGUUGAUGCUCGUUCUGGUUGGCCUUGGCGUUUUCGGAUGUGGGAAGAGCAGCCAAGACAAACAAAGUGCGAAAAAAGAUGAGCGGACUCGUGGUGGAAAUGAACAUGACGAUUUCAGGCCAACGUCAUUUGGAUCGGAUGGCACAUGGAACCCGGCUUUUCAUCCGGUUGUCGACGACACUGAACCUGAAGAUGAUGAAGAGCCCCCCGCAGUGACAGUAUUGUGAAAACAGCACUGCGCUUAAAUAAAUUGCAUUCAAACUCAUAUAUGUACACAAUGUAAAAUAGUAUGUAGGGAAAAGCAUAUCAUGUUACAGCCAAACCAGUUUAGAGGACCUGACGUGUUUCGAUCAUAGGCAAAAAUAUCCUGUUACAAUUGAAGCUGUAGGUUUUCUAUAAACCUUUUUGAUUUGUUAUAUUUAAAUGGAAAAACUACAGUUUCUAUUUUGGACACGUUCAGCCUGUUUUUAACCACUUCGCGCCAGGUUUACUUUUGCCGAAAAUUUCGACAGUUUCAAAAGGCACAGUUUACUAGCCAACUUCUGAUAUACAACUCCACAAACACUGAUUCACAAGAGUGAUUUCAACAGUAUUUGUACGAUAUUUCUUGCCGAAACCUCAUAUGUUUCAAAACUCUGGGGUGUGCACUGGAACGUACAUUGUGAAACGGCCCACACAGCGGUCAGCAUGUGGUCUGCCUCCACAGACUUCAUGGACUUUGUGUGUGUGUGUGUACAAAAGGCACGAGAGAUUAGCAUGUUUAGACGUCACCCCAGGGUGAGGCGAGGCAAUCUAGAUGUCUUAACUUGUCAGCAGUGCCUGUUUUCACGAUCUCUGGCGCGAACUGGUUAACAGGGUGAACUUCAAACAUUGUACGGGGUGAACAACUUUAAAUGAUACUGUCAAAAUGUGUUAUUGUGAGACAAAGUUUGAGAUGUUUUGCUAAAAGAUAAACUGUUUCGUAAAGAUGUCAAAGCGGACCUUUAUUGUAUUAUUACAAAAUAAUGUUAUGAUCUAGUGAAAGGAAAUCUAGAAAAAGAACUGAAUUGUAAAAAAAAAAAGGAAAUGCUUUUCGUGAUUAUAUUCAGGCAUGCAACUUUUCCUCAGAUCAGCUGAUUUCCUCUUUUUUACUUCCCAUGUGUGUCAUUGAAAAUAGAAAAACACUGUACAAAGUCUGGGAAAGAUUUGAAUUUCCUCUUUUUUUGUGUGACUUUCCAGUUGCAUGGCUGUAUAUUAAGUUUGCAGGCUGCAUUUUUAUUCUGUUUUGGUUGGUAUAGGAAGCACAUUGGGUCGUUCAUUAUGGUAGCUUUUUUAUUUUGUGUAUUUUUUUCAGUAGCUUUACUUUUUUCAUCAUAGUUUGAUUUGUUUGACCUCCAUGCAGUAUCAGUGGUUUCAUACAUCAUUUUUGUCCGUUUGUGUAAAUUCAAAAUAAAAAUGUAAUUUUAUUAAAGAGAGAAUAAUUAUUAAAAUUACUAUGUGUUUUUCACAAGUUGAUUGCCGAGUGA